AUCGUUUGCAAGCUCAGUGGGGAGAGAGAGAGAGAGAGAGAGAGAGAGAUGGGGAAUUGCCAAGCCGUAGACAAUGCAAGCCUAGUGAUCCAACACCCAUGUGGCAGAGUGGAGAAGCUUUACUGGCCCCUCACCGCCCAUCAGGUCAUGAAGAUGAACCCUGGCCACCACGUCGCCCUUCUCCUAACCACAACCACCGCCGCCGCCAACAACAACAACAACAACCGCACCACCGGCGCCACUCCAGUCCGAAUAACCCGCAUAAAGCUUCUCCGGCCGACGGACACUCUAGUCCUCGGCCAUGCUUACAGGCUCGUCACCAAUCAAGAUGUGAUGAAGGGCUUGUGGGCGAAGAAGUGCGCGAAGAUGAAGAAGAAAGAGCCAGAGUGCAUGGCUCAGAGGAUGGAACAGAACUUGGGUUCUGAUUUUAGGGCACCUCCCACAAGAUCUGUGAUGGAGAAGACGAAGAAGACGACCAACAAGAUGUUAGGAAAUGAUGAACAUCAGAAGAAGGCAACCAAAUCAUCAAAAGCAUGGCAGCCUUCAUUACAGAGCAUCUCUGAAUCAGCUGGCAGCUGAUGAUCCCUUCUCUCCUCUCCAUUAUCUCCCCAAAUACACUUGACUCUAAUUUCAGCACCUGGGUCCUCUCCAAUGGCAAGCCAAGCUGGGAAGAAAGGGAUACUGCAACCUUCAUAAUUGCUUCCUUCCUUGCUGCCUGCUUAUUAAGAGGAAUGAUGUACAAAAUGAAAAAUUUUCAACUUACCUAAUUAAUUUCUACACAUUUAUGAUGAUGAUCAUGUAACUAUUUGUGAUCCUUUUGUUUUAAAUCAAAUUUUAAAAUUAAGGUUGUCAUGUGAUGCUAUA